CCACAGGGCUGAAGAGAAAAAGAGGGAGGAGAGAGUGAAAGAGGGUGAAAGAGACCGCGUGGGUAUGUUUAGAUCCAUCGGAUUCUUUUGGAGAAGCCCUGAAGCAGUGAGGAAUUUUGAUCUGGACUGGGAUAGCGAUCUGAAUCUCGUUGUAGCAUAGAAUUUUUGCUGUUCAAGGCGAUGCGGAGGCCUGAUAUUGCAAUUGCAUAGGCUUCUAAUUCAAAAAAAAAAAAAAGGAUAGGUGCAAUCCAUUGAAGUUUGUUCUUCAGAAGUUUUGCUUUUCAUUAAGGAUGGCUUCUGUUAGUAUGGCGCCGCUGUCAGCUAUGAAAAAUACCAGCUGUAAUGCUUUUGGCAUGGACAGAUUGCCUGAUGAGAUAAAUGACUUGAAGAUAAGGGAUGAUAAGGAAGUUGAAGCAACAAUCGUUGAUGGAAAUGGUACUGAAACAGGACAUAUAAUUGUGACAACUAUUGGGGGUAGGAAUGGCCAACCAAAGCAGACUAUAAGCUAUAUGGCUGAGCGUGUCGUCGGAAAUGGAUCCUUUGGAAUUGUUUUUCAGGCGAAGUGCUUGGAGACUGGUGAAACAGUUGCAAUAAAAAAGGUUCUUCAGGACAAAAGGUAUAAGAAUCGUGAGCUGCAAACCAUGCGUCUUCUUGAUCAUCCAAAUGUCGUCUGUCUGAAGCACUGCUUCUUUUCAACCACUGAGAAGGAUGAGCUUUAUCUUAAUUUGGUACUUGAAUAUGUACCGGAGACUGUUCAUCGAGUAAUUAAGCACUAUAACAAGAUGAACCAAAGAAUGCCGCUAAUAUAUGUGAAGCUUUAUACAUACCAGAUCUGUAGAGCACUAGCUUAUAUCCAUGGCAGUAUAGGUGUUUGCCAUAGAGACAUUAAGCCUCAAAAUCUUUUGGUCAAUCCACAUACACACCAACUAAAGUUAUGUGAUUUCGGAAGUGCAAAAGUCCUGGUGAAAGGAGAGCCGAAUAUAUCAUAUAUAUGUUCCAGAUAUUACAGAGCUCCUGAGCUGAUUUUUGGUGCAACCGAGUAUACCUCAGCAAUUGACAUCUGGUCUGCUGGCUGCGUUCUUGCUGAGCUUCUAUUAGGGCAGCCUCUCUUCCCUGGAGAGAGUGGAGUAGACCAACUAGUUGAAAUAAUAAAGAUUCUAGGCACCCCAACUAGAGAAGAAAUCAAAUGUAUGAAUCCAAAUUAUACUGAAUUCAAGUUUCCUCAGAUCAAAGCUCAUCCGUGGCAUAAAAUUUUCUACAAAAGAAUGCCACCUGAAGCUGUAGAUCUUGUUUCUAGGCUUCUCCAGUACUCCCCUAACCUUCGCUGCACAGCGUUUGAAGCAUUAAUCCACCCUUUCUUUGAUGAGCUUCGAGAUCCAAACACCCGCUUACCAAAUGGAAGGUUCCUUCCACCGCUCUUUAAUUUCAAGCCUCAUGAAUUGAAGGGAGUUCCCGUGGAGAUGCUACUGAAACUCAUUCCGGAGCACGCCAGAAAGCAGUGUCCUUUCCUAGGUCUGUAAUGUGUUGUUGGGAAGAUUAUCAACAAUCCUGAAUCGGAUAUUUCAGAAGGAACGAUAAGUCUGCGGCAUUAGCUGGCCCCAAGUGAACUUUUCUCUUGAUUUUUUUGUUUGAUUUGGAGUUUUCCAUAGCCCUCGGUGCCUGUUAUUGUAAAGCAGAUUUAGGUCUGCUAAGCUUUAAAAUCUGACUGGCUUUGCUAACCCCUUUGCUUCUCUCUAUCUAUUAUGCAAGAAAUUUGUAAAAUUGAUGGGGAAGAGAGAUUCUUUUUUAUUAAGUU